AUGGCCGAAUCAGCGAUACCUUUGCCGGAUGAGCCGUCAACGAGUGCCAGUCGUCAGAAGAAUUUUAUCAAAACAUCAGAUGCUUCGGCGAUCAUGGAUCUCAAAGGGGAACUGUACAGGAAGAGAGCCGAGCAACGAAGUCGAGCUGAAGCGCGUAUGACACAAACUGCACCAAAAAGGAAUAUUCUACUGAUGACAAAGGAAGAAGAACGCCAAAAGCUGGAAGAAAGUAGCAAACGACAGAAACGAAUCGAAGAUUUGGAGAAGGGCUUGAGAGAAGAGGAAGAGGCCCGGUUGAAAGCGAAGAAAAUUUUAGAGGAGAAAAGUGAAAUUUAUAAUCGACUUUCGAGAGGUGAAAAACUUGCCUAUGAAGAUGGACAGUCUGUGGAAUUCAUGGUUGACUUUGAGGCGAAGAAACGUGAAGAAAAUGAACGGAGAGAAGAGGAGUUGAGACGUGAGAAGGAGGAAGCAGAGAAGAAUGAGGCGACUCAUUUUGUUGCGAAUGAAGAACAACGGGUUUAUGGUGUUUCACAUGUGCAGUUCUCGAUUAGUGAGCAGAAACGACAGCAGCAGAUGCAGGAGUUGUUGGAUUUGACCAAGAAAACAGAAGAGGAGAGGGAGAAACGUAAAAGGUUAUUGGAAGAGAGGAAAAGAGCAAAAUUGGAACGAUUGAAUGCAGUUCGAUUGAGGAAAGGUCUCGAGCCGUUACCGAUGCCGGAUGAGAAAGACGAAGAAGAGGAAGUGGUUGGACCAUUUUUGGAUAUUCCAAUGCCGAGUGAACCAGAACCGUCGAAGCACGACGAGAAGAUCGACCGGAUAGCUCAGCAAAAGAAGUACGGAGUUCGUGAAUGGGAUAAAGGCAAAGGUAUGAUACAUGAGAAAUUAUUCCUUGUGGAUGUUUCAUCGUAUAUAUCUGACUCGAAUUUUUGA